AUGGCAACAUCAGUAGAAGAACAAAAUCUUGCGGAAACCAUCAAUAAUCAAAUUGACGAAGACAAAGAGAAGCAUGCCAGCUCUACCAAACGCAAUCGUUCCAGAAACAAGACGUCUAGGGGUUCUAAGGGCUCCAAGGUUAGUCCCGAGCAUAUUGCAGAGGUCCGUGCUAAAAGAGAGGCGGCCAAGAAUGCUAGACGAGAAGAGAUGAUCGCCAAGGGCCUGGAUCCUGAUUGCCCUCCAGAUUUGCAGUUUAUCCGGCGACCCGUGCUUGCCCUAACGCCCAAAGAUACGCCUCAGAAAGAUUUUUCGUUUAGAUUGAUGACUUACAACUGCCUCGCACAGGCACUCAUACGCCGGAAAUUGUUUCCUACCAGUGGCAACGCCUUGAAGUGGUUUAAGCGCUCCCAAGUGUUGCUUCACGAAUUCAAAUACUACAAAGCAGACGUACACUGUUUGCAGGAGGUUGACUACAUACAGUACCAGUCGUUCUGGAAAGAAGAGUUUGCCAAGUUGGGGUGUGAUUCUCAGUUUCACAGACAUGGAACUAAAAACCACGGCAUCGCCAUCAUUUGGAAACGAGACCUAUUUACAAUGUCUGACAAAAUGCUUAUAGAUUAUGACAAGGAGUCAUCUGGGGAUAUUGAACCCCGCACCACUACUAAAAACGUCGGAUUGGUGGUUGCCCUCAGUUUUACGAAAAAGGUGCUCGAUAAAUUCCCUCAAACCCAGAAACGAGGAAUCUUAGUGGGUACGACGCAUUUAUUUUGGCAUCCCUUCGGUACCUAUGAAAGAACAAGACAAUGCUACGUUCUAUUGAAAAAGAUGAAAGAAUUUCAACGUCGAGUUCAGGUGCUACAAGGAAACAAUGGCGAUGUCCGGAACGAAUGGUCCUCUUUUGUAUGUGGUGACUUCAACGCUCAGCCAUUUGAUACACCUUAUUUGUCUAUGGUUUCCAAGCCUAUUAGUUAUACGGGCAGAGCGAAAACAGUGAUCGAGUGUAGUACGUCUUACACAUUUUCCAAGGCUCGAGACGGGGAGGAGUGUGAUAAUGAAGAUGGAGGGAACAUAGAGAAGUACGGGGAUGAUCAGCCGGAAACUCCAGUCCCUGAGACUUUUGAAGCGACGGCAGCGCAGGCAGAAUUGGUCAAUAGGAUGGCGGCGUUGCAUAAUAGCUUGAACAUGAGAGCGAUCUCCCUGUAUUCAGUCGGUUACAAGCACGUUCAUAUCGAAAAUUCAGGCUUAAACAAUGAUUUCAAUGAGCCUGAAAUUUCAAACUGGGCCGAUACUUGGAGUGGGCUCCUUGACUACAUUUUUUUGGUCAAAGAAUGGGACUUUUCUGAAAGGCAAACUCCAGAUGGAAUAGAUAAAUUUCAAGAAGAAAAUGGUAUCAACAUCAAAAGCCUGCUGAGGAUGCCUCCUGCAAAGGAGCUACCAGACCAUGGUCAACCACAUGAGGGAGAAUAUGGUAGUGACCACUUGUCCAUGAUCAGUGAUAUAGGGCUGGUGAUGUAG